CCACCGGCGCUCCUCCUCGCAGCGCGUCAGCAGUGUUUUGCAGAGGAGCCCAGCGCUGCGGGUCUCAGUUCCAUUUUGUGCUCGGUGCUCCGCACUGCCAACUGCGUCUUCUGAGGUCGCCCGGCCACCGUUGUCCCUUCGAGUAGAGUCUGCGAAGAUGAGACAUUCAAAGAGAGCUUACUAUCCUGACUGGGAUGAAAAGGAAUGGGAUUAUGGAACAUGGAGAAGCAGCAGCAGUCGUAAAAGAAAAAGGAGAUCACCUAGCGGUGCCUGGGAGCAUAAGCGCUGCAAAUACUACAAUCACUCUAAAACAACUGAUUGCUAUUAUUUGGAAAGCAGAUCUAUUAAUGAGAAAGAUUAUCAUAGUCGACGGUACAUUGAUGAAUACAGAAAUGACUACAUGGGAUGUGAGCCAGGACAUCAUUAUCGAGACCGUGAAAGCAGAAAUCAGAAUCAUAGUAGCAAAUCCUCUGGUAGAAGUGGAAGAAGUAGUUACAAAAGUAAACACAGGAUUCACCACAGUACUUCACAUCAUCAUUCACAUGGGAAGAGUCACCGAAGGAAAAGAACCAGGAGUGUAGAGGAUGAUGAGGAGGGUCACCUGAUCUGUCAGAGUGGAGACGUACUAAGUGCAAGAUAUGAAAUUGUUGAUACUUUAGGUGAAGGAGCUUUUGGAAAAGUAGUGGAGUGCAUCGAUCAUAAAGCGGGAGGUAGACGUGUAGCAGUAAAGAUAGUUAAAAAUGUGGAUCGGUACUGUGAAGCUGCUCGCUCAGAAAUUCAAGUUCUGGAACACUUAAAUACAACAGACCCCCACAGUACCUUCCGCUGUGUUCAGAUGUUGGAGUGGUUUGAGCAUCAUGGUCAUGUGUGCAUUGUGUUUGAGCUGCUGGGACUUAGUACUUAUGACUUUAUUAAAGAAAAUGGUUUUCUGCCAUUUCGACUGGAUCAUAUUAGGAAGAUGGCUUAUCAGAUAUGCAGAUCUGUGAAUUUUUUGCACAGUAAUAAGUUGACUCACACAGAUUUAAAGCCUGAAAACAUAUUAUUUGUGCAGUCUGACUACACAGAGGCAUAUAAUCCCAAAAUGAAACGUGAUGAACGUACCCUAAUAAAUCCAGAUAUUAAAGUUGUGGACUUUGGAAGUGCAACAUACGAUGAUGAACAUCAUAGUACAUUGGUGUCCACAAGACAUUAUAGAGCACCUGAGGUCAUUUUAGCACUAGGGUGGUCUCAACCAUGUGAUGUCUGGAGUAUAGGAUGUAUUCUUAUUGAGUACUAUCUUGGAUUUACAGUUUUUCCAACACAUGAUAGUAAGGAGCACUUGGCAAUGAUGGAAAGGAUUCUUGGACCUCUACCAAAACACAUGAUACAGAAAACCAGGAAACGUAAAUAUUUCCAUCAUGAUCGGUUAGACUGGGAUGAGCACAGUUCUGCUGGCAGAUAUGUUUCACGUCGCUGUAAACCUCUGAAGGAAUUUAUGCUUUCUCGGGAUGCUGAACAUGAGCUUCUAUUUGACCUUAUUGGAAAAAUGUUGGAGUAUGAUCCCACCAAAAGAAUUACACUCAAAGAAGCCUUAAAACAUCCUUUCUUUUACCCAUUAAAAAAACUUACAUAGUUGUAUAUAGCUCUUUUGAAGAGUUUCUGUAGACUGUAUCAGUCUAGUUUUUAAAAUUAAGUUAUUUUGUACAGCUUUGUCCAUACAUUUUUAUAUUAUGUUUAUUUUGUUUGGAUGAUAUAAGUAUAUAGAGUCAAAUAACAAAACAUCUUUCAAUAAUUACAAAAUGAUUUGUUUGAAAUAAACUUUGUGCUUACAAAUACA